AUGCACGUCUGGCCGGGGCUGACGGCAGCCCUGCUGGAGGUGCUACACGAUGGCCUGCGAGCCGCGACCACGGACCCCCAGUCCUGUCCCUACGACCUCUACCCCUCAUCCGGCGACCUCCAGCGGCAGAUGCAGGCACUGGAGGCGGCGCAGACCGCCGCCGCCAUCCUGCGCACCGCCGUCGCCGCGGGCGGCGCGGCAGCGGCCACGGCUGCGGUGGAGGCCGGCUGCCUCCCCCUCCUGGCCCGCGUGCUCUGGGCGGUGCAUUCCGCGGCGCCCUCGGCCUGGCCCGCCGCUGCGGCGCGGGUCCCCCGGACGCCUGUCCCCGCACACGACCCGGGGCCGGCGGCGCUGUGCCACGUGGGAAGCACCCUGCUGCGCACCGUGCCAGCGCUGGCGGCGUACGUCGCGGCCGGCCAGCCCGAGGUCCUGCGCGCCUGCCUGAGGCUCAUGCGCCCCGGCGCCGUCUCCGGCGGGGCGCUGCUGGCUGUCUUUGCGGGGGAGGCCGUCGCCGCUCUGCUCCUGGCCGCCCCGCCCAACUCACCCAUGGCUGCCGCCACGCGCGCGGUGUGCUGGGAGGAGGGGGAUCUCCUGGAGGUCCUGCACCUCCUCAUCACUCUGCCCUACUCCGAGCUACGGAGUCUGGCCUCGGAGUACCUCACCACCCAGAUGGACCCAGGCUUGCUGCACGAACUGGGCGAGGGCAGGGAGGGCGGGUCGGUGGAGGCCUUGGGUCCCCGCCGCGCCGCUGCCAUCGCCACCGCGCCAGACUACCUCGCCAUGACGCACCAAGCGCAGGCAGUCUCUUCAGCCGUCAUGGUCCUGCGCCGACUGGUGGAAGGCGGGGAGGAGUCUGCACGGUCGCGCCUGGCGUCGUCGCCCCGGCUGGUGGAGGACGUCGCCAGCAUAGUCCUCACCACCCGCCCGGGCUACCCCCUGGCCUGGCAGGCUGCGGUGCAGGGCGUGGCGGCCUGCAGGGAGGUGCUGGACGGCCACAUGACGCCCAUCAUGUUCCAGAGGUGGGCUGAGACGUCGUGGGGAUGGCGAAGAAGGUAUUGGGGCCGCGCUGCCACGCCCUGCAUAGCUCAUGGACUCACCAUUCGGUGCCUGCAUCCGAUGCUCUGA